CCUCGCUCCCUUUAAAUGCAGCUGCGCCACAGGAGCGGAGGACUCCAUUUCCCGCGGUGCACCGCGGCGAAAGCGAAACGAAAGGAACAGCGGAGAAAAGUCUCCCGUUGCGAGGAAAACAACAGGGCGAGCGCGGAUGUGUCGGCCAGCGAGUGGGAAAGGAAAGGAAAGGAAACCCGUGCGAGGGGACCAGGGGGCUAUAAAAGCUGGAGCUUUGACGCUUGCUUGUCAGUCGACGCGAGACGCUUCUUCACGAUGGCUUACACCGUGGUUUUCUUUGAUUUGGAGACAACUGGAUUGGACACUGAAAAGUGUGACAUCAUCCAGAUAGCAGCCGUCUGUGGCAGGCGAACCUUCGACGCCUACGUCGUACCCCGCUGCGCCAUCACCGAGGACGCCAAGAGGGUCACGGGCUUCUCCGUGGUGGACGGCAAUCUCUUCCGCCACGGGGUGGCCGUGCCCACCAUCCCACUCCACCAAGCUCUGAGCUCCUUCAUCGAGUUCGUGGGCUAUUUCUGCGGGCCCGUGUACCUGGCGGCCCACAACGCCAACCGCUUUGAUGUCCCCGUCCUUGACAGGGUGCUGAGGGAGUUCUCCCUCCUGCGGGAGUUCCAGAGGGUCAUGUCCAGCUACCUGGACACCUUCCUGCUCUCCAAGAGGAUGUUCACCAAUUUCUACAGCUACUCCUUAAAGUAUAUGGCGGAGCACUUCCUGGACAAGACCUACGACGCUCACAACGCGCUGGAGGAUGCUAAGAUCCUGCAGGAGCUCUUUAGUGUAUGGAAGCCGGGCAGGAACGCCGUGUUAAAGUCCUUGGUCUAGAGCACUUCUCAAACCUAAAGUAAAGCCUUGAGGCCAGAUCUGGCCUGCCACAUCAUUUUUUUUUUUUGUCCUUCACUAAAGCAAAUCAAGUGUCUCUGCUUAAUAUUUCCUGCUGAAUGAUUUGUUCUUUUCACUUUGACAGAAAAUCUGUACCAUAAUCACAUUUUUUCUUGACUUUUUACAGAUAUGACAAGUAUUUUAUUUCCUCACCAAAUCCAUUCUGAACAUAAAUUGAACAAUAGUACUGAUAUUUGCUUGUCACUAUUUUCAAUGACUUCUGAUUUCAAACUCAGUUUCUUUAAAACAAAUAUUUGUAGAACUAUGAAAUGUAGGGGCAAUUGUGUAGCUGUAAUAUUAUGAUGAAGUGACAAUACAUUUGUAUGAUUUUUGCAGUCUUUAUGGCCUUCCGAGGGAAACCAUAACUACGAUGUGGCCCGUGAGCAAAAUGGGCUUAAUACGGGCUGACCUAGAGCCCACCGCAGGCCAGAUCGGUGUAGUUCUUGCCCCCCACUCUUCAUCAUAUAAUUACAUUGUGGCUCACUCGUUUAUUUCCAGGGUUCUGUGGACCAAAUAGAGCACCGGUGUCACGCUCAAGGCCCGUGGGCCAAAUCCAGCUUUCCACAUUAUUUUUAUGCAGCCUGCAAAAUCUUAUCACAGUUUUUUUCCCCUGUUCAAAACUAGUCAUAAUAAUGAUAGUGAUCAAACACAGGAGGAAUUAUGUGGUACGAUUGGGCAAUUAUUGGGGUUCCCAUAUGGGAAACAGUUUGAUGAGCAGCUCCUUCCUAGUGUCCGUCCGCCAUCGCUAGCGAUGUGGUUUUGGCAUAACUGUCACAUCCCCAGCGAUUAAAUGUGGUUUCACCGUUAUAAACGCCCCCAACCACCCGACCCCGAGGGCAACCGUAACUAAGAUGUUGUCAACGCACCUUGAGCUUUUGACACCAGCGAUGUCGGGAAAAGACUGUGCUGUACAGUACAUCUUCAUGUGAAUGAGAGAAAACAUUUGAUAGCACUAAAACUAAAACAUUUGAAAGAUUGAAUAUAUGAAAGCAAUUUUUAUACUCAUCUGUGAAAAUAUGAUUUCGGAAAAUGUUGCUGGGACAUGCACUUUUUUCAAAGAUGAAGUCAUUUUGUACUCGUAUCAUUUUUAUUAGUCGAGGAUGCUGGUCUGAGUGUGUGUAUGUGUGUGUGUGUGUGUGUGCGCGCUGAAAAACUCCUUAUGAAUUUCAACAACAUAGAAACCACCUAAUUUUGGUCCAUACCCGGGUAAAGGUCCAAAUCCCGGAUUUGACCUUUCUACAAUUUGAUAUUGCAUUAUGGAUAUUUUGCAUUAUCCUCAUAAAAUGAGAUGCUUUCUUUUGUGUUUUAAUUGUGAAAUUGACUCUGCAAAUAUAUAUAUUUUUAUGAUAUCAUUAAAAGGCUUUUAACUGA